AUGUGGCGAUGCCACGAAAAAUUUGGCCCUUAUGUUCGUUACGGACCCAACGAGCUCAUAGUUAACACUGCGUCAGGUUUGAAAGAUAUCUACUCGCACGGAAAGAAAUUCAAGAAGUCGACAAAGUACAGCGCAAUGGUACAUCGUGCCACGAAUACUCUAACUGAAGUCGACAAAAAGAAACAUGGAAAGAAACGGCGUUUGAUUAGUCAAGCUUUCUCUGAUUCCGCACUUAAAAGUUAUGAGAGCGUGGUCCUGACGCAUGUCAAGCAACUUUGCUCCGAACUGAUCAGCGCGGAAGGGAAACCCGUUGCGGACGGUGUUUGGGCGCCUGCUAAAAACAUGUCUCGCUGGUGUGAUUACUUCACAUUUGAUGUGAUGACUAAUGUUAUUUUCGGAGUCAACUGGUCUGCAUUGAAAGAUAGUAAAUACCGAUCUAUUCCAGCCUCGAUUGAAAAAUCCAAUGUUCGAAUAGGAACUCUCAUCGAGUCUCCUGGUAUGAAAGGCUGGAAAAUAAUCGACAAGCUCUUCUUCCAACAAGCUAUUCAAGCAAGAGACGGAUUCAUCAAAUUCGUAAACGAAAUCUUGCGAGAAGCUAUGCGGGUGACCAGCAAAUCAGGAAAGGGGGCCUUUGCUCUUUUGACUACAGCAAAAGAUCCCGAGACCGGUGAACCUCUUAAUAUAAAGGAGUUAGGGGGCGAGAGCGCUACUCUUGUGGUCGCAGGCACCGACACUACAUCAACUGCUUUGGCUGCUAGUCUUUUCUAUCUAUGUCACUAUCCAGAAUCAUACAAAAGAGUCGCAGAAGAGGUGCGGUCCGCAUUUGGCACUUUGGAUGAAAUCCACCUAGGCUCUCAAUUAAGCCAGUGUAUCUUUCUCCGAGCUUGUAUAGAUGAGGCUAUGAGACUUUCUCCGUCUGCACCUGGGGCCCUUUGGCGGGAGGCUGAGGAUGAUGGAAUUGUUGUUGACAACGAAUACAUUCCAAAGGGAAUGGAUGUUGCCACUUGCAUCUACAGUCUUCAUCACAAUUCUGAGUGCUACCCUGAGCCUUUUUCAUUCCGCCCAGAGAGAUGGUUACUAAAUGAUCCGUCGUCCACACCUUAUCGUGGGAUUGUAUCCCCACACGCUGCAUUUACUCCCUUCUCUAUCGGGUCGCGCAGUUGCAUUGGUAAAGGGCUAGCGUAUGUCGAGCUUACUCUCACAUUAGCCUAUAUUCUGUGGUCUUUUGACUUUGAGAUUACGGAGGGGCAACAUGGGAGUAUCGGUGGAGGGGAUCCGAAAUCCGAAUAUGGCAGACACCGAAUUGACGAAUUUCAAAUUACUGUUCACCCUGCAUUGCCGCUAUCUCAGAGGCAGCGGAUCAGUGUGGUAACGCUGUGCGCCAUUGCGACUCUUAUUCUUGACUUUGGGGUUACUGUGAUUGAUGCGCCAAAAGUUCGCAUGUUCGAGUCUAUUAUCUGCAACGCUUAUUAUCGUAACCGCGACAACUCUAUGCUCCCUGGUACUGUGUAUGGGCAUGGCGACAUCUCCGAAGAUCAAUGCAAGAUACAACCUGUUCAGUCAGCUCUUGCAAAUAUAAUUGGAUGGCAAGUACUUUUUGACGGCAUUCCAGCAAUUCUAUUGGCGAUUCCGUAUGGUGCUUUUUCAGACUCCAAAGGCCGGAAACCAGUAGUUGUAUGCUGCUUCCUAGGAUUAACGUUGUCAACCACGUGGAUCUUGUUUGUAUGCUGGGCGAACCUCCCUCUGGAGUUGACCUGGUUUUCUUCAGUAUUUCAACUUAUUGGUGGUGGCGCAAUCGUGGGUUCUGCAGUGAUGGAGACGAUCAUUACAGAUGUGGUUUCAGAUGACCAAAGGUCUACAGUAUUCUUCAUACUGCAAGCAACAAUUCUUUGCUCCGACAUUCUAGCACCUCCCCUCUCUUCAAUUCUUAUGACCAAAAAUGUUUGGAUCCCUUGCGUCCUAGGACUAUUCAUUCAACUAUCAGGUACUUUUCUCACUAUGAUUCUUCCGGAAACUUUACGCCUUUCCCAGACCACCGGAGGUGCAGGCAAUGAAUCAAGCAUGCAUAAGGAUAAGCCUUCUAUAGCUGUACAAUUCAAAAAUAAUCUAACAUCAAUAUUCGGAAAUCGGAAGAUUACAUCCCUCGUGGUUAGUCUUUCGGUGCUGGCAAUCGGAAAUGAAUCAAUCGACUUUCUAUUGCAGUACGUAUCAAAACGAUACGACUGGUCUAUUGCCAAGGCUGCAAUGCUACUUUCGCUGCGAGCCACUGUCGAGGCUUUGCUACUUUUGACGAUUCUGCCAGCCCUAAUGCUUAUCUUGAGCAAAUCAGGGAUGCCAACUAUGAGCCGAGACCUUCUCGUAGCCCGAAUGAGCUGUGUUCUCAUUGUGCUAGGAUUUGCAACAUUGGCGGUUUCCAGUCAGGUAACUCCAGCGAUCAUCGGUCUAGUCGUGUAUACCUGCGGCGCAGGGUUUCAAGCUGCCUUGAUGAGUCUUCUCGCCUCUCUCUGGAAAUCCAAUGAUAUGAAUAAUCUCGGGAGUAUGUAUAGUGUGGUAGCAAUGAUAAUGGCAAUUGGUCAAGCAAUUGCCGGUCCAUUCCUUUCGCAGACAUUUGCAUGGGGAUUGCAGCUAGGAGGGCCAUGGGUCGGACUUCCCUUUUUCACGUCUGCCUGCAUCUGCGCUAUGGUUGGCACAUUUUUAUGGAUAUUCAGCAUCCCAGCAGGAGUAGCGGCGACGGAAUAA